CGGAGCGUAUUGUGUGAGCCAGUGUGCGGGGGACAGAUAAGGGAGCCAGCCAGCCCGCCAGCUCGACCCACCGACUGCCUGACUGCCUGUUUUAAUGUGCUGACUCUUGGGAGAUUUAAAAAAAAAAAAAGAACAGCAGCAUAUUGACUCCUUAGACGUGUGCGGAGACCCUGGGCACAAACUCCACUACUACAGCCACAGCCUGCAGAGGUGCAUCAACAGACAGUGGAGAGAGAGAGAGACAAGAAAUAAGAGGACUGAAAAAUCCCAACUCCAAAAUCUGAAAAUUCAAGAGGGUUUUUUUAUCCCCCUCUUUUUUCAAUUGAUUUCAUUUUUACUUUCUUUCUUUUUUGUGUUCCCGGGACUGACUCCCAGCCGUACACAACGAAAAGAAAACAGGGGGAACAAAGAACUGAAGAGAACCUGAAAACAAAAGGACAGAACGGCAAAAAAAGCACUGAAUCUGAACAUGUUCGAAAUAAGCAGAUCACUCAACGCCGCUUUGUUGAGCAAUGAGGGGUCGACAGAGACACAGUGGCGUCAGGCAGAGCUCCCACAGCUCCAGGGCUGGGCAGAGAAGGGAUUGCUGACACAGCCAAAGAUGAUCAUCAGUAACAUGGAGGCUACAGUGACAAACGGCCCCAGCGGAGGAGGCAACACGGCCAACGGUCCGACCACCAACAGCCGUGGCUGCCCCUCGCCCAUGCAGACUGGCCCCACAAACGACGACAGCAAGACCAACCUCAUCGUCAACUACCUGCCCCAGAACAUGACCCAGGAAGAGUUCCGCAGCCUGUUCGGUAGCAUCGGCGAGAUCGAGUCCUGCAAGUUGGUCCGCGACAAAAUCACAGAGCACCAGACAGGCGGGCAGGCAGUCGAGAUCAUCGAGCCAUUCUCGGAGAGCGGAAAGACAAAGCAAGGACAGAGUCUGGGCUACGGCUUCGUCAACUACAUUGAUCCAAAGGACGCAGAGAAAGCCAUCAACACAUUAAAUGGACUCAGACUUCAGACCAAAACGAUUAAGGUGUCAUAUGCGCGACCCAGCUCAGCCUCCAUCCGUGACGCCAACCUGUACGUGAGCGGCCUGCCCAAGACAAUGACCCAGAAGGAGCUGGAGCAGCUCUUCUCCCAGUACGGACGCAUCAUCACCUCCCGCAUCCUCGUCGACCAGGUCACAGGCCCCGCAGGCGGCUCCCGAGGUGUAGGCUUCAUCCGCUUUGAUAAGAGGAUAGAGGCUGAGGAGGCCAUAAAGGGCCUGAACGGACAGAAGCCAUCGGGUGCUGCUGAGCCCAUCACAGUCAAGUUCGCCAACAACCCCAGCCAGAAGACCAGCCAAGCCCUGCUCUCACAACUCUACCAGUCCCCCAAUCGCCGAUACCCAGGGCCCCUCCACCACCAGGCUCAGAGGUUCAGGCUGGACAAUUUGCUUAAUAUGGCCUAUGGCGUAAAGAGGUUCUCUCCCAUCACCAUUGACAGCAUGACCAGCCUGGUAGGCAUGAACAUCCCUGGGCACACCGGCACCGGUUGGUGCAUCUUUGUGUACAACCUGUCCCCGGAUUCUGACGAGAGCGUGCUCUGGCAGCUGUUUGGGCCGUUUGGCGCCGUCAACAACGUCAAGGUGAUCCGUGACUUCAACACCAACAAGUGCAAAGGCUUUGGCUUUGUCACCAUGACGAAUUACGACGAGGCGGCCAUGGCCAUCGCCAGUCUCAACGGCUACAGGUUGGGCGACCGUGUCUUGCAAGUCUCCUUCAAGACUAACAAGACACACAAGUCCUGAACUUAGACACGAAGAAGCAGUUUCCCCGCGACUCUGUCUGCUCCAAAAUUGCCCCCAACCUCCCCCCUCACCUCCACCUGUCCCUUAGCCCCUUCAGUCACGACCACUACCACCCAACAACAGCCAUCCAACACACCGGAACACAAAGCAACCAACAAACCAUCAAACAAAUUGAACUAGAAAUGGCUUAUAUUAUAACUUUGGACCUAUAAGCCAAUGUUGCCUAAGUAUUACAAAAAUGAAAUGAUGAAAAUGUUCAUACGUUUUUGGAAGCUCCUGUGAUAAUGCAGGCUUCUCUUUGUUGUAUAUUCUUUCUGUUUGUUGUGGUUGUUAAAUGAUUUCUCUCUUCUGUGUAAACAGUAGCAAAUCCCUGUAUUCCCUUAUUUCAGAGAAGAGAAUGUCCUUUUUAGAUUGAAACCUUUUCUCUGUCUUGAUUCAGGAUUUGUUUUCUUUUUGUAAAUCCGGAUCCACUGUCGUUAGUAUUAUAUACCUCCCUGUCAGUGAAAGGGAGGGGGCUCUUUUUUAAAUUGGUGAACCAUUCAUUCAUUUUUAGUGUGUAUUAAAAACUUCCCCAAAUUGAUUCUAGAUGGGACUCCACAGUCUCAGUAACUCUUAUGUAGAAAAAAAAAGAAUUUCUAACAUUGUUUUUGUUUUGUAUCGCAAACAAAACAUAAUGUCUUUCCUCACAGGGGUUCAGGUAGAUUGGGUGAGGGAGGGGAUGGGUUAGCUUUCCUGAUGACACGUUCAGUAAUUUAAGAAAAAAAAAAUAACACUGUUGCCAAAGAGAAGAUCUCUUUGCUUGAAAAAAUGCGUUUAGAAAAAGAUAAAAAUAAAGAGAAAGAAGAUCUAUUUUUAUAAAUGAUAAUUAAAAUAAUAAUUAUUGAAGAAUUUUUACAAGAAUCUGGAUUUGAAAAAAGAGAAAAAUAUUUUGACUGGCUAACUAGG